UUAAAUUAGCAUAAUUUCUACCAACUGUGACAUUAGAAUACUACAUUUGUACCAGUAAUAAUUACAUACUUUCUAAUACAAAGCUCUGAGCGCUGUCCCAAGAAAUACCAUAAGCUCUUUUUGCUGUGUUUUUACUUAAAGUAAGUCUUGCUUUGUAGUUUACUUAACACAGUUUGCGACAAUGUUGUGUCGGCAGGGGUGCACCUUAUAGAUGGUUCCUAUAGAUCUGUAGCUCUCUAGCAUGCGACUGCCCGCCAAAAGAGCCUUAGACUACGACUAUGAAUAUAUGAACCAAAGAUGUUUCAGUUGCGAGGUGAACUUUAAAGUGUAACGUAUGAGUUGAAAAAAUGAUUAGCUGAAAAAUGUUCUUUGUCCUCUUUGACGAUGAUCAGUGUGCAUCAGUGCAAUUGAUUACCACACAAGUUCAUCUCCUUAUGGGAUAUGGAGUCUGUGGCAAGAUUGAAGGUUGAUGACAGAGGGAGGAGACGUCUAGAUAAACAGCGGGUUACAAGGAGGCGGCGUCGCGGUUUGUAAUUAGUUGUCUCCCUCUUCACGGAUCCUGCACAGAACCUCAAGGAGAGGAAUUUUUGCUGCUUUCAAAACCUGGGUUCAAGUCAACAUCCACAGAAGAACACUGAUGACCUUUCAUUUGUAAGAAGCUUCUCGUGACUCUUCCUGGACAAGGGAUUUUUUUUUUAAUGAAUUAGCCUUUACUUUCUAUCCAUCCAAGGAGCUGCAGCUAAACACUGGACCAAAACAAGGACCUCCUGAACACUUUUCAGCUGUUGGGGGCAUCCUCGGAAGCUCAACACAUUAAUGGAGAAGACACUGACAAUAGGUCUGACUCUUUUCUUAACACUCUGUGUGGACAUACCAGGAGCUGGAGGACAGAAGGCCGGGGCUCGUGACGAUGACACUCCGAGAGCUUCACCGCGAUCUUCAGAUCCAAAAGGACGCCGUUGCUCCUACACUUUCAUUGUCCCACAACAAAAACUGACAGGUGCGCUGUGUUUGAAGACGCAGUCUGCUUCUUCCAACCAGUCGGAGGUGGCAGCGCUGCGAGCGGAGCUCCGACGGCAGCAGGAGCAGCUGCAGAAGCUCCACGGCCAGCUGGAGCAGGAGGGCACCCUCGCCAUGGAGGUAAGAGCCCUGCGGAAAGAGAGUAACAGCAUGAAUUCUCGCAUUGCCCAGCUCUACGCCCAGCUGCUAGAUGAAGUCAUUCAAAAGAAAGACCAAGCGUUGGAGCAGCAACGGGUGGAGAGUGUCCUGUUAAACGCUACAACACAGGCGCUGCAGGUGUCCAGUAACUACAGGGAGCUGGAGAAGAAAUAUGGAGCCCUCACCUCCAUGUUGAGCUCCCAGAACCAGUUCAUAGCUCGUCUGGAGAAGCAGUGCCAGUGCAGGGAAUCCCCACAGGCCUCUCUGGUGGCGACCGAACCACCAAAAAGCCCGUCUAUUGUGCAUCCUAAUUACAGCUCCGACGCCAGCAGAAUGGCCAACGAUGUUCAAAAGGACCAAAGUACUCUUCCUCUAGCGCAGGAAAAAGCGUCCGUUUCACUCCCCGCCAGUACAGCCAACUCUCCUACGGACCCUCCAUUCAGUAGUUUCCCUGUCACAAAGACUCCAGGGCCGUGGCGCGACUGCCAGCAUGUGCUGGAAUCCGGCGAGACCACCAGCGGGAUCUACCUGCUCCGUCCACAGAGCGCCAACCGCCUCCUGCAGGCCUGGUGUGAGCAGAGUCGGGCCCAGGGAGGGUGGACGGUGAUCCAAAGGAGACAGGAUGGGUCGGUCAACUUCUUCAGAACGUGGGAGCAAUAUAAGCAAGGCUUUGGAAACCUAGACGGAGAGUAUUGGCUUGGCCUGGAACACCUUUACUGGCUGACCAAACAGGCCCAUUACAAGCUGCGAGUGGCUCUGGAAGACUGGCAGGGCCGGCAGGUGUUUGCAGAGUAUGACAGCUUCCACCUCGAACCAGAGAGCGAUUGGUACAGACUGCGUUUAGGACAAUACCACGGCAGUGCAGGGGAUUCCCUCUCCUGGCACAACAAUAAGGCCUUCACGACUCUGGAUCGAGACAAGGACGGCUACACGGGUAACUGCGCUCACUUCCAAAAGGGAGGCUGGUGGUACCACAUGUGCGCCCACUCCAAUCUGAACGGCGUGUGGUAUCGCGGGGGCCAUUAUCGCAGCCGCUACCAGGACGGGGUCUACUGGGCCGAGUUCCACGGAGGGUCCUACUCUCUCAAACGCGUUUCCAUGAUGAUCAAACCCACAUGACAGUAGUGUCUUGGCAAACCCCCUAAAACAUCCCAACUGGGUUCAUGCACCCCCACUCUCCCACACUUAAAAAGAAGUCUGUACAUAGCUGCAUUAAAAUUGGACCAAAGACAGAGCAGUUUGCUCACGUGUGAUGUCUGUUUACAAUUUAUGAUGUUAAAUUUUGCAGUCUGAACACUGAACGGACAAAAGGGCAACUUCAACAUUGUAUCAUAGUAAUUAAUAAACCACGUAGAUAACAAAUGGUGGCACACGCAUUGUUUCAGAAACAGAAACAGUGAAUUAAAAGGGAGGGAUUUCACACACAGCGCGGUGAGAGAAAGAGAUAAUGUUAGCGAGUAAGACACGCGGGUGUUAACUCUCCGUUUCUAUCGCCCUCGGAUUCCUGCGUCUCUCUGUGUCUCUGACAAUUUAAUAUGAAUUAUUACUCCAUUAGACCACCAAUACGUUUCCUCUCCCGCACCCCACUUUGGGAAUCUCCUCUGUGUUUUCUUUGUACAGUGCUGAGCCAGUGGUGAUGAACACUGCCCCUCCAUGUUAUUUGAAGAUCAGUGAUGUGUUUAGACUGAAUAAUUGCACAUGUCCUGUUGUGUAAUUUCCUGCCAGAUAUUUCAUUAAAUUCAUUUUACACAUUAUAUAUAUAUUAUAUUUGUAAUGUACUUUUAAAUAAAAUGAUGCCCAUUUC